CUACGUAAACGCCAGGCGGGGCCCGGGGUUCGAGGGCGGAGAGCGGAGACGAUUGCUGGGAGGCGACGGUUUGGCGAAGAAAGAUCUCACACGGGAGCGGGACUGGCGGUUAUUCUGAAGGAAAUGGAGUUGUUCAGUCUUUGGGACUAGAUGAGAGCACGCAGAGGGAGAUAUUUAACUGAAGGGAAUCCGCCCCACUGCCGCAGCCACACCAGAUGCCUUCUUCCAACUCAUCAGACCAAGAAGAUGACCUGGAGGCCUGUGUUUUAAGAUUUUCAGACCUGGAUUUAAAAGAGACAGGUCUUAUCAAUCCCAGUAGCAGUCUCAAAGCAGAGUUAGAUGGCAGUACAAAGAAGAAAUACUCAUUUGCCAAGAAAAAGGCGUUUGCCCUGUUUGUCAAAACCAAAGAAGUUUCAGCACCUCUUUUUGAAUGUAAAGAAAAAUGGUGGAAAUGCUGUCAGCAACUCUUUAUGGACCAGACCAGCAUCCAUAGACAUGUGGCAACACAACAUGCUGAUGAGAUUUGCCACCAGACUGCUUCUAUUUUAAAGCAGCUGGCUAUGACAUUGAGCGCCUCGAAGAGUCUUAAAUCUGCAGACGAAAGGAACCCUCUAAAAGAGUACCUUACUCAUGACCAUGAAGUAUCUGCAUGGCUCCCUGAUGUAAGCUGUUUUAGCCCUGAUGAGCUGAUAAGUGGCCAGGGCGGGGAGGAAGGAGAGGUGCUACUGUAUUACUGCUACUGUGACCUGGAGGAUCCCCGUUGGAUCUGUGCCUGGCAGACAGCUCUGUGUCAGCACCUGCACCUCACAGGCAAGGUUCGAAUUGCUACAGAAGGAAUAAACGGGACAGUUGGUGGAAGCAAAUUGGCCACCAGACUCUAUGUGGAAGUCAUGCUUUCCUGCCCAUGGUUUAAGGAUUAUCUAUGUAAGGAUGAUUUUAAGACCAGCAAAGGAGGAGCUUGCUGUUUUCCAGAAUUGCGUGUUGGUGUAUUUGAAGAAAUCGUGCCCAUGGGCAUCAGUCCCAAUAAGAUCUCCUACAGGACGCCUGGAACCCAUUUAUCCCCAGGUGAAUUUCAUAAAGAAGUAGAGAAGUUUUUAUCUCAGGCAAAUCCAGAAGAAAGUGAUACUAUACUACUGGACUGCAGAAACUUCUAUGAAAGCAAAAUAGGACGAUUCCAGGGCUGCUUAGCCCCAGACAUCAGGAAGUUCAGUUACUUCCCUAGCUACGUUGACAAAAACCUGGAACUUUUCAGAGAGAAGAGAGUGCUGAUGUACUGCACUGGGGGCAUCCGCUGUGAGCGGGGUUCAGCCUACCUCAAAGCCAAGGGAGUGUGCAAGGAAGUGUUCCAGCUCAAGGGUGGCAUCCACAAGUACCUGGAAGAGUUUCCUGACGGUUUUUACAAAGGGAAAUUGUUUGUUUUUGAUGAGCGUUACGCCUUGUCCUACAACAGUGACAUCGUGUCAGAAUGUUCAUACUGUGAAGCCCCAUGGGACCAGUAUAAACUGUGCUCAACUCCCCAAUGCCGCCAGCUCGUCUUGACCUGCCCUGACUGCCAAGGACAAGGAUUGACAGCCUGUUGUGUCACAUGUCAAGACAAAGGAGGCAGGCUGGCUUCAAGCCCCACCCAGAACAGCUUUAAAGAGGAAUGUGAGUGUACGGCCCGACGGCCACGCAUACCCAGCGAACUUUCACAGCAGGCGCGACUCCCUCUGAGCCCAGAGCCAAGGCCUGAUGUGGGUGAGAGUGGGCCGGGCUUGUGUGAGCGGCACCAUCAGCAUUUCCCCAGGCCUUCACAAAGCUAGGUAUGGGGUGACUGUGUGCUGGAGAACAUCAAGGCUGCAGCAACAGAGAAAUGGGGAACUUUAAUGCUGGCCAGUGCCACCAUGGCAAACAGGUCACCAUAUUGGCCACCUAUACUUCACAGGUGGAGGCAAGAAGGAGUUGGGUACUGACCACUGACUUGAGACAUUAUGACUCAAAAGAUGCUAGAGCACAGAAAAAGGUGAGCUGUGUGGGAUCCCAAAGCUGCUAAGGGAUAGAACCUUGAGCCUGGAGACCAUGUCAGUCAUGCCCUUUCUGUCCCAUGCAGCAGGGCUGGUAGUAGUCAUUUUUCUUGUCAGCACACCUGUCCAUCCUGGUGGCAAAGGGUGAAAACCAUGGCCCUGGAAGCGGUCUCCCCAGACCCAAGCUACUUAGGUCAUCUGCCAUUCACCUUACCCUCAUCUCUUCCCUGCUAGCCGGAGAGCACAGAUCAGGAUCUGCAGACUAAGGCCUGUGGCUCACCUCCUGCUUUUAUAAAUAAAGUUUUAUUGGAAUAGCUA